UAAAACGAAAUAAAAUAAACAAACCUUAAAGACGGUCUGUGACCUGUAGUGACUGUAUGUAGGCGUGUGUGGUCCUGGAGUACCCGGAUGUUCCAAACAAAAUGGCGGCGCCCUGUAGGAGACUGGUGAGGUCAGUUACGGAAGGUCUUUCACCAGGUCUUCAGUACCUGUCCGGCAGAAAUCUCUGUUUAACGACGACUCAAGUGCAAAACUUGAGACCCGAGAGGUGUGUGUUACAGCGCCGAGCUCUUCCCUGGAGCGGCUCCUGUUCACUACACACCACCAAGACAGACAGAAGCACAGAUCCUGCAAAUAAUAAUCCAAAUGACCGGGAAAGGAAAGAACCAGAAGUGGAGGAAGAUUCCAGACCAGAGUAUAUUCCUAAGAGGAAAGCGAAAAACCCGAUGAAAGUAAUUGGAUACGCGUGGAUGUUUGGGCUUCCAGCCGGAAUAAUUGGGUUUAUUCUGGCUAAAAGGCAAGUGGACAAGAACCGGCUCCAGCAGUUGAAGAUCCGACAGAGGAUGAAGAAAUCCAAUGAAGGAGAGUAUGAGCGCAAGCGCUACAGACCAGCAGCAGGGAUCCAGUAGCUGGAGACGAUUCAGGACUGUGUCAGAAAAAAUCAUUUAUACAAAAACAAAAUCUAUUCUUUGUAAAUAACAGAUCUGUAACAAAUGUCAGUAAUGUGAAUAAAGUCAAUAAAGUGAGUGUAAAAAGA